CAAAGAAACAUCGUCACGAUGAAGCAAGGAAAUCUAGAGCAGACUCGCAGUAGACUACAGAAAAUAUUAGAGGCCCAUAAGCCAUAUUACCUGGAUAGGAGCCUUGAGGACCUAUUGCCCAAAUCCUGCAAAGGGUCUCUUCUUAACAAAAAACUAACAAAGUGGAUUAAAUUAGUGUUGGUUACUAUUUUUAUUUUAUUUGGUGUGCAAUACUAUUAUGAGGAAAUGCAGGGAAAGAAUUGUGUUCUUUCUCUGCCACGCCCCCUGCGUUACGCCCUUCGACCUCCCGAAAGAUGUGAUUUUUGUGCCAAUAUUAAAAAUGUGCCGCGUCUUCAAAAUGUAAGCCCUAAAGAAUUUGAGAAAAAGUUCGCUUACAGUGCAGCCCCAGUUAUUGUCAGUGAUGCAACCAAAAAUUGGACAGCAGUUUCGUUAUUCAACUAUUGGUAUUUUCGCGAUGUUUAUGCCAGGGCCAAGCAAAAGCAACACAUAAGGGAGUGCCAGUUCUUGCCUUAUAAAACAGGCUUCUUUGAUAUCUAUGAGGCUUUGGAUAUGCCCAAGGAUCGGGUGGAGUUAAAACCUGGUGAGCAGCCCUGGUAUUUUGGUUGGAGUAAUUGCCAUGCGGAAACCGCAGAGGAAUUUCGGAGGCACUAUGGAAGACCUUAUUUUCUGCCCGAGAGUUCCGAAAAUAAUGCUGUCGAUUGGUUUUUCAUUGGGACCUCUGGUUUAGGGGCACAAAUGCAUAUUGACAAUGUGAGACUGCCAUCGUGGCAGGCUCAGCUGGCGGGCAGCAAGCGGUGGCUACUGGUUCCACCUCCGGAGUGCUACCUGCAGUGCCAGCGAUUCGAUGUGGUGGUCCAGCAGGGCGAUAUAAUUGUGUUGGACACGAACAAAUGGUACCAUCAGACCUUUGUGCAGCCGGGAGCCAUCAGUUUGACCAUUGGGGCUGAGUACGACUAAGUUACAACUAAAGUUAACUGGCUGCCGGGGGUUUUUCCUCGUGACAGGAAACGGCUGCCCCAAACGUCUCCAUACAGUUUGGCCAGCGGGACAAAUAUGGCCAACUGUUACUGUUACAGUAACAAACUUAACUUUAACAUUGCCAUAUUACUCUGCUUUUGCCAGCCGGUUUGUUAAUUAAAUGCCAAAAACACGCAAA